AUGGAGCCGCUGAGGGACAACUUCACCUCGCACAAACAUUUCAUUCUCGAUGGCUUCAGCAAACUCGGAGGGCUGAGACCUGUCCUCUUUAUCCCGUUCUCCUUCAUGUUCAUUGUGUCACUGUCGGCCAACUCCCUGCUCCUGUACGUGGUCAUUUCACAGAGAAGCCUCCACUCUCCGAUGUACAUCCUCAUCGCCGGCAUGGCGUGCGUGGACCUGAGCCUCCCGCUGUUCUUUGUCCCCAACAUGCUGCUGAGCUUCUUGUUUGACUGGAGGGGAAUCUCUCUGAGUGGCUGUCUGGUUCAGAUUUACUUUGUUCACUUUUUUGGAGCGUUUCAGUCCACAUUUCUCCUGUGGAUGGCGCUGGACCGCUACUUCGCCAUCUGCACGCCGCUCUACUACCACGAACACAUGGCUUUAACAAGUUUUCUCAAGUUUGCGAUCCCUCUUGUGAUCAGAAAUGUGUUCAUGAUCACACUGGUAGUGUCUUUGGCCGGAAGGUUGUCAUUUUGCUCCAGGAAUGUGAUAGACCACUGUUUCUGCGAGCACAUGGCCUUGGUGGAGCUGGCCUGUGGAAGCACUGCUCUCAACAGUCUGGUGGGUUUGAUCUCAGUGUUCCUCGUCCCUGUAGCUGACUUCAUCAUCAUCACCACCUCUUACAUUGUCAUAUUCAGCUCUGUGCUGAGUUCUGGCAAGUCAGGUAGCAAAGCUCUUCACACCUGUGUCACCCACAUCGUGGUCAUUGGUGUCAGCCUGACCAUCAUACUCGUGGCUUUCCUGUCGUAUCGGAUCAGAAACGGUCUCCCUGCAGCCGUUCGUGUUUUCUUCAGCAUCAUGUAUCUGCUUUUUCCGAGCUGUUUCAACCCGGUCAUCUACGGCAUCAGAACCACAGAGAUACGACAACACAUCGUGAAGACACUGGCCUUUUGUCGCUUGGUCCAAACUGCUCCACAUUCUUAA